GUGAUCGUGUGAAUUGUUGAGAAUUAAAGAAGAAGAAAAUAAGGAGAAACGAUGGCGGGUGCUGGGGUGGGAGUUGGAAUGCUACGAGCCAGACGCAGAGAUGUCAGCGUGAAACCGAACAGAAAGCUAGAUCGGAAGUCCUCGAGGGGGAUGAUUUACGAGAAUGAGGAGCUGAGACUGAGGACGAUUAAUAUUAACGCUGAAGUGGAACAAGGUCAGAACGACAUCAAGAAGCUGCGCAGGGAGAACGAGCAGCUGCGUAGGGAGAUAUGGAGCCUCAGAGACGAAUACGACAAGCUCGAGGAGAUCCUGAAGAGGCAGAAGAGCGGCGGAGAAAGCGAAGAAUACGAGGAUCGUUCCGACGAGGAUGACGGUCUGCGAUCCGACUACUCGUACGAGGAGGACGAGGAGCUCGACCAGGGCGACCAAGAGUCCACCAAGGAGCCCAGUAAGUCUGAGCAGUUAGAAAACGCGGAGAACCAGAAGAUUUCUACCGAGAAGAUGACCAGCAGCAGCCUGCACAGGCUGCACGUGGACUUCGACGAUUUGUCGGUGGUCGACGAAGAGGAGGAGCCGAGAAGAGACAAGGACAAGAGAGAAGUUCCUUCGGAGGAUGUCCAACAGAGCAGAGAAAACAAAAGUCCACUGACAAUUCUGAAAUCGACGAGACAACUCCACGAGAACAUCCCCUUUUAUCCUGCUACGUAUCAGACACCGACUAGUCUGACCAGUCCCACAUAUUACACCGAGUGUCCCUUCAAGUUUCCCAGCACGAUGAACCUGAUGAUACCUUCCGAAGCGUCAGGAAUGGUAGCCACGCCAGACUCGAUCGGCGAUCAAAUAUUACACGCGCCUCCUGCAGGCUGGCAGACCGACAUCCUGAUGCCGCAGAAACAGCCAACCACGUUUGGAGUAUCCGACGUUAACGGUUCUUCCGGUAUGCAGAACUACGGAAGGAUUCAUCAGGAUCAGAUGAAACUACAGUCGCUUGAAUCGAUGACCACUGGAUUGUCCACCUUCCCUAGCUUUCUCCCGAGGAGAAACAUCGGCCUGAAGCUAUCGACCAAUCCUUUCAACGCGACAGGCUUUGGGAAUGUGCAUCUGAAUGCUGAGAAAGCAGUAGUUGAAAACGGAUGGAGUGCACACGGUGAUUCGUUGAAUUUAAGAGGUGCGAAAGAGCAGAGUGCCAGCGACGUGGCGGAGAAGGAGACAGAAGAGAGUCCUGCGUUAUCAGGGACAGAGAAACCGAAACAUUUCUUCGCGCCGCUGCCUUCGAAGCUGAAGAAGCCGGCUGAAGAACCGUCGCCCACGAUCAGUCAUUUUGGAACCGGGAAUAGUUCCAGUAGCGGCAAAACUGGAUCCACCGUGAUCUCCAGGAAUCAGUAUAUGACGCAGAAGGGGUCAGCCGAUGUCUACGUGAACGGAGCUAUUCCAUGCAAGGACAGUUUUCACAUAGGCACGACUGAACAGCAGAGAACGUACCUGAGCACCGACAAUCUGGUAAUCGCCGGAGACAAAUGUACGCCGGGCAAUCAGUUGACGAAGUCGAUGUCGUGCCAAGAUUUACACAGAGAGUCUCAAACUGCUUCGAUCAGUCACGCCGAUGGCAGGCAACAAAUGAUGACCAAAAGCGACAACACUUUGGACAAUAUAUCAGACACGAAACCGUACAAGUCGCACCUGACGGUGACUCUGAGGAAGCCGCGAGUGAAGCAAGCGGUUAGUCCCGACACCCCGGAGAUCCCCAAGCUGCCGUCCAUCGACUAUCGACUCUUCAAGAACCCCUUCUUGCGAACCUUCGAUCCACCGAGCAGCUACAUGGACCAGAACAACGUGACCAGACCCUUGUCGGUUCAAGUGAACGACGACAACCUUUGCUACUACUCCUCUCAGCCUGAAGUCUCCGGUUUCAACCGAGGUGCUUCUUUCGGAGACAGAUACCGACCUACUCAGUCCGAUCAGAAUCGCCUUCUAAUCCCCUCUACCCAGUUGACCAACGGAAAACUGACGUCACCGACGAGCAAACAUCAAAUCCAGGUGACUUCCUUCGAAAGACCAAGCCCGCACACUCUGAUAGGUCCGCCGAGUCAAUACGACCUGAGCACUCUGCGCAGACUGAACAGCAAUCCUUACGUGCAAACUCCGAACCUCUACCAGAACAUGCCGUUCCUGCCGCGAGGAGGUUUGUAUCCUCAGAGAGGGAUGAUGUAUUACGAGAACCUGGCACUGAAAGUACCCGCACAAACGCAGACCUCUAUAGACGGAGAUUCUCACUUGGAAGAGGAGCACGUAUUGGAGGAGACUGCACUCGGCACUCCAAGUGGUCAACGUCGCAGGAAGAUGAGCAAGAAGGAGAAAGGAAGCGUGAAGGAACCGAAACUUCUGCCUUCUCCGGCUAAUCAACGAAAGUUGAAGAAGCAGAUCAGCUUGACGUCGUCGGAAAUCGCGGAGCCUUCUGGAAAGUUGAUUCGAAAGAAGCCUAGAAGACUCAGUAUCACCACGACGACUACGUCGGAGGGUCAGGAGGAUAAGAACGAGAGUAGAUCGUCCUCGUCUGGUCAAGAUUCGCCUAAGAAGGACCAGAUGAGAAGGGUGUCGCUCUAUUUCAACACUAAGAAGAGGCCUUCGUUGACCUCUGUGAAGACUUCCAGGAGUAACAGUUUCGACAUUGGUAGAGAGAAGGACGCGAUGGUGAUGAACUGUGAGAGGGAGAGGACGAAUUCUGCGAGCAGUAGAGAGAUCGGCAGCAUCAAGGCUAGGAAAGCUAGCACGAGUAGCGAAAAGGUGCCUUGGUGCGCCUGCUGGGGCAACGGGUGUAUUUAG